AGCAAUCUUCACUCUUCAAAGGAUUCUUGGUCUACUUACCCUCAGUAAAUGAUAUAACAGUAACCAUGUCGGAAUCAACCCAUUUUAAAGGUCAAUCUCGCGUCCUCAAAGUCUGUCAUUGGUGCGCAAAAAAGCAAGAACCAGAGGCAAAGCCUUUUCAGGCGUGUUCUCGUUGCAAAGAGGUGAGGUGUACAUUUCAUGCUUCCGCUUCAAGACAUUUGACACGUCUAGGUCAUAUAUUGUAGUAAAGAAUGUCAGGUAGCGAGUUGGCCACUCCACAAGACUCCGUGCAAGUUCAGCGCAGAAGCAAAUGCUGCUAUGUCAAAGAACCCCGUUGCCGCUCAAGGUAUUGCCAACUUUAAGAAAUGGCAUGGGUUGCAUAUCGGUGCUCUACGCCACGCGGCCAUUUGUGCUUUUGACCUCGGUCACAACCCAACGGCUCUAGAGGAUGGUGUUCUCUUCGUCGAGAUAGAGCUCAAAUCCAGCCACAAGGACUUCCCUCUGAAAAGGAAGUAUGAACCUACCGGUGGUUUCACACUGACCAUGAAAGAGACACGCGAGAUGUUGGGUAACAUGGGAGGCGCUGCCAUUUUGGAUAGUAUCAAGGAAGCUAAUCUUCACAUGCAACGAAAGGGUGCCUUGGGCGUGGCGACCUUGUUAUUAAAAUCUCAUGACAUGGUCGACGUCGUAAAAAUCAUUCUUCCUUCACCUGCAUCGGUCCGUCAAGAGCAAGAGGCAGACAAUUGGGGUCAGCUUUGGUUCGAUAAUCUGCGGCUUGCGGUGGAAUCGGAUUGACCUCGAUUCGGUAUGCGAGACGGUGUUUGAUAUUAAGUACCGUGUGUUGUCGCCUCACCGAACUUAUCUAUGGCUAGC